CUGGGAUCUACACUCAGUGCUUCAGUUAUCUUGUAGUCGUCAGGGAGGGCACGUCGGUAUAUCAUUGCUCUUCCUUUGAUAUCUUGCACCGGGACUGUAUCAGUAACCAUUGAUAAUAGCAAGGAGCUCCAUUGUGUAGCAUCUGUAUGCUGUGGGUUUGUGCCUCACUCGCUUCCGUACUUGACAUCGGUCUGGAUUAAAGGCAAGAGGACAGAGACGAUGUACAACACUGUGUGGAAUAUGGACCAAGAUGAUGCAGACUGGAGGGAAGUUAUGAUGCCUUAUUCCACCGAACUGAUCUUUUAUAUAGAGAUGGACCCCCCAGCACUUCCUCCUAAACCACCAAAAUCCAUGACUUCAUUGUCUACAGACGGAAGCAAAGAGAACUCCACUUCUUCUCUUCAGGAUGCCGAAUGGUACUGGGGAGACAUCGCCAGGGAAGAGGUAAAUGAUAAACUUCGUGAUAUGCCAGAUGGUACCUUCCUGGUUCGAGAUGCAUCUUCCAAAGUUCAAGGCGAUUAUACUUUGACACUGCGGAAAGGGUGCAAUAACAAACUGAUAAAGAUUUAUCAUCAGGAUGGCAAAUAUGGUUUUUCUGAUCCGUUGACAUUUAACUCUGUUGUGGAGUUGAUAAACCAUUAUAGACACGAAUCCUUGGCACAAUACAAUCCUAAACUGGAUGUGAAGUUAUUAUAUCCAGUAUCAAGAUACCAGCAGGAUCAGCUUGUUAAAGAAGAUAACAUUGAUGCUGUUGGUAGGAAACUUCAAGAAUACCAUAGUCAGUUUCAGGAUAAAAGCAAAGCAUACGAUCAAUUGUACGAAGAAUAUACAAAAACAUCACAGGAAAUUCAGAUGAAGAGAACAGCAAUUGAAGCCUUUAACGAGACUAUUAAAAUAUUUGAAGAACAGUGCCAUACACAAGAAUGCUAUAGUAAAGAUUACAUGGAGCAUUUCAAUAGGGAGGGCAAUGAAAAGGAAAUGGAAAGGAUAAUAAUGAGUUAUGAAAAAUUAAAAUCUCGUUUGGGUGACGUUCAUGACAGUAAAUUACGCCUGGAACAAGACUUGAAGACGCAAGCUUUAGACAAUAGAGAAAUAGACAAGAAAAUGAACAGUAUCAAACCUGAUCUUAUUCAGCUACGUAAAAUAAGAGAUCAAUACCUUGUAUGGCUUAAUCACAAAGGAGUGAGGCAAAAACGAAUAAAUGACUGGCUGGGAAUCAAGAAUGAAAAUAUUGAUGAUGAGGAGCCUGAUAACCUUCCACAUUUUGAUGAGAAAACCUGGUUUGUUGGUGAUCUUGGCCGUAUACAAGCAGAAGAAUUACUCAGUGGAAAGCCAGAUGGAGCCUUUCUAAUUCGAGAAAGUAGCAAGAAGGGAUGCUAUGCCUGUUCUGUUGUGGCUGAUGGUGAUGUGAAGCACUGUGUCAUCUACAGUACGUCAAGGGGGUAUGGAUUUGCAGAGCCAUACAAUCUCUACAGUACACUAAAAGAGUUAGUCCUUCAUUACCAGCAUACAUCCCUUGUACAACAUAAUGAUUCUCUCAAUGUCAGGCUUGCUUAUCCAGUCUACGCACAGAUGCCCUCCCUCUGCAGAUAAACCAUUGGAAGGGGUUGAAGGAAAUUUUCUUACGUUUUUAAUAGAACUAAGAGGGCAUUCUUUCUACUUAGACUGCUUGUUUUGCACAAGAAGUGAAUUUCUGAAUGUGAAUCAAAGAAGCCUAACAGCAGCAAGAUGGCAACUUAAGUGUAGGUGUCCUGGUGCUACCCAUGAUCAGCUGUGCUCUUACACAGGCCAUUUGUUAUGGGAAAGAACCUCACAACUGGAAGAGAAUUAUCACCAGGCUCCUGCUGUGGAUCCUAAACAUUUUCAAUGCCUGUUUCAUUCUUGUAGAAAUAUAAAUCUGCUUAUUUCGGCAUUGGUAGUAUGUCUCAGUCUUCACUUUUUGAGGAGCAUGGGGAUAAAGAAACUAUACCACUAUCACUAUCUCUUCAUUUACCAUUAUAAAUGAUACAAUUCAGCUGAACUUCCGAUUUAGAGUUGUUUACUCUGUGGAAAGGGUAUCAAGUUGUUUGGUAAAACAAAAAAAAAA